AUGGAGAUAACGCUGAAGGCUAUUCCUCUGAGGAUAGUGAAUAUUCCAUGGAGGAAUAAUAACCUCAGCACUCUGCAUUCAGACCCUCCUCUGUCUGAACAAGGGGAGACUCUCAUCGGAGUCUACCUGUUAGUGUUAGGAUGGCUGUCCUGGUUUGGAAACAGUUUAGUGAUGUUUGUCCUGUACAGACAGAGAGCCUCGCUGCAGCCAACAGACUUCCUCACUUUAAAUCUCGCCAUCUCCGACGCCAGCAUCUCCGUGUUCGGCUACUCCCGAGGGAUCCUAGAAAUAUUCAACAUCUUUAGGGACGACGGGUAUCUGAUCACCUGGAUUUGGACAUGCCAGGUGGACGGUUUCUUCACCUUGCUGUUCGGCCUUGCGAGCAUCAACACCCUGAGUGUUAUCAGCAUCACCAGAUACAUCAAGGGCUGCCACCCCAACAAAGCUAACUGUAUCAGCAUAAACACCAUCGCUGUGGCGCUGAUCUGCAUCUGGGCGGGCGCUCUGUUCUGGGCCGGGGCUCCUCUGCUGGGCUGGGGAAGCUUCACAGAUCGAGGUUACGGCACCUGUGAGGUGGACUGGGCCAAAGCCAAUUACUCCACCAUCUACAAGUCGUACAUCAUCUCCAUCCUCAUCUUCUGCUUCUUCAUCCCCGUGAUGAUCAUGCUCUUCUCUUAUGUCUCCAUCAUCAACACGGUGAAAAACGCCAACGCCAUGUCAGCGGACGGUUCGCUCACGGCCCGUCAGAGGAAGGUGGAGAGAGACGUCACGAGGAUUUCCAUUGUGAUCUGCACGGCUUUCAUCAUGGCCUGGUCUCCAUAUGCAGUGGUGUCUAUGUGGUCGGCCUGGGGCUUUCAUGUGCCGAGCACGACCAGCAUCAUCACCCGCCUCUUCGCCAAGUCUGCCAGCUUCUACAACCCGCUCAUCUACUUUGGCAUGAGCUCCAAGUUCCGUCAGGACGUCUCGGUGCUGCUGCCGUGCACGAAGGAGCGCCGGGAGGUGGUGCACCUGCAGCAGUUCAAGAACAUCAAACCCAAGGCGGAGGCUGCGGCUGCGGCCGUGCCUGCGUCGCUUCCUGUUAAGAAGGUCGAGGUGAAAUACAUCAAAACAGAAUCCCAUCAUGACAGCGACUCGGGGGUCAACAGCCCCCCUCAGACCCCCCCGUCUGGCCCUCAGGAGCAGAUCCACAUCGACCUGCCGUCACACAUCGAGACCUCAGACUACUGGUGCGACCGGCUCUAAGGGCGGUCUGCGUUUCACAUGAACUGAUGCUGAAAGAACGAGGGGAGAUUAUCAGUAUUUUUGUAUGCUCCUGUCUUUACUGAGUUGGUAAACU